UCCCGCUGAGUGCAGUGGAGCGGAGAUCAUCAGACAGCGGAGGACGGCCAGCUUCAGCAGCUCCGAGUAGCGAUGGACUGAUAAACCUUUGGAAGCGAUGAUCAGAUUUGUUUGCCAUGGAAAUGGACAUGAUGCCAAAAUUCUCCUCAAAGGACGAGGAAAUUGAUUUCUGGAAAGCUCUUUCCCUCAAGUACAAGAAAGGCUGUGAGGAGGCCCGUGAGGAGCUGCUGGAGUUCCAGGAGGGGAGCAGAGAGCUGGAGGCCGAGCUGGAGGCCCAGCUGGGCCAGGCUGAGUACCGCGCCAAAGACCUGCACUCCGAGAACCAGAGGCUGAAGAACGAGGUGGAGACGCUCAAGGAGCGGCUGGAGCAGCAUCACUCUCAGAGCUUCAAGCAGAUCUCGGUGCUGGAGGACGACCUGGGACAAACGCGCAGCAUCAAGGAGCAGCUCCACAAAUACGUCCGAGAGCUGGAGCAGUCCAACGACGACCUGGAGAGAGCCAAGCGAGCCACCAUCGUUUCUCUGGAGAACUUCGAGCAGCGCCUGAACCAGGCCAUCGAGAGGAACGCCUUCCUGGAAAGCGAGCUGGACGAGAAGGAGUCGCUUCUGGUGUCGGUGCAAAGGCUAAAGGACGAAGCUCGAGAUUUGCGGCAGGAGCUGGCCGUGCGAGAGAGGCAGGCAGACAUGAGCCGCAUGUCGGCUCCGAGUUCCCCGACGCAGGACAACGUCAAGAUGGACUCCGCAGUACAAGCCUCCCUCUCCCUCCCUGCAACACCUCUGAGCAAAGGCCUGGACAACGCCUUCGCCAACCCAGCAGUUUCAGUUUUGUCUAACGGCUACGGCAGCAACUGUCCUCUGACUCCCUCUGCCAGAAUAUCAGCGCUCAACAUCGUCAGUGAUUUACUCCGGAAAGUCGGGGCUCUGGAGUCGAAGCUCGCCGCCUGCAGGAACUUUGCUAAAGACCAGAAAGCCCGGAAGGCGUUCUCUCUGGACAACAGCAACGCGCUCAACGCAAACACAACCAGCUACGCUCAGGCGCUCAGUACGUCGUACUUUGACAAGGCCGGGACGGUGAACAGGUUCGACCCCGCGACCCUGACUGCCAUCACCUCCGCUCCCGCCGCCUCCUCGCCCGGCCUAGUGCGGCUGGCUGUGUGAGACCCUGCAGCGCAGGAGCAGAGACCCAACGCUUCGUCACACCGUCUCCAGCUCCGCGCCCUCCUUGUUGUUUGACGCCGUCCGCUGUCCUGACUCGACUCUUGUGCUUCGUAGCUGCUGUAACGACGGCUCCACGUGUGAGUAGUGGGUGUUUGUUUAUCUGUCCGACUCCGAGAAAGACCAUAAGCGUCUUUCUGCUCACCUGACUCGGGUUUUUGUUGAGUGCAUCAUGUCGAAAAAAGGGAAAAUAUUAUGCAAAUGUUACAUUUCUGACACAAUUAAACAACACUUUUCUCACUUGUAAGCAGAAUUUCUCACAAUUUUACUCAGCAAUAAUGUCAGUUAGACCGUCACACUCACGUCGGUCAGUUUAAAUUGUUCGACACGUGUGCUUGAACAAGGUUUAAGUCAUUUUUCUCUGGUGUUGGAAAAGUGUUGGAGCACGCCUCGUUUAUUUACAGAACCAGUGUCUAGUGAGUCUUCGUAGCGAGUCACACAACGUAACUUUAAGCUUUGUGACAUGAAGUGUACAGUAUUGGUCAUAUUGAUCCACAUUCACAACGAAGAGGAGAGUUCAGACAUGUUAAAGGGAUAGUUCAGUUUUUUUUUACCCGUGCUGUUCUGGGGACAUUAUGAGCAGUCAAUAUCUUACCUAGUGAAUGUUCAGUAAAGUCGGAACUAAACCAAAGGAGGUUUCUGCAAUCUUUGAUCAACACAAAAUACAUUUUUAUUGAUUGUGAUUUUGGUCCAUGGCUGUUUAUGCUGCAGACUGUUGGCUUGAGGUCUGUCUCCGUUCUUUUUUAUUAUGUUGAAUAUUUUUAAACAGAACUCAAAAUCUGAACUAUCCCUCAGUUUAAUUUCUGUUCUCUUUUUACCUGUUUUAACUUUUUUUAAAAAGUUGCUGCACAGUUUAUUUCUAGGUUUAUGUGGAAUGUAGGUCAGUUUUAGUGCAAUAUGGUUUUUAAGUUGUGCGUUUAUUUGAUUUCUUGACUGCAUGUAACCAAUAAAAGAUGUAUUUAUUAUCA